AUGGCACCCCUAGUGGCGGCGGAUGAGUGCGCUGUGGUGAUGAUGACAGAGGUGGGUGCUGCUACCAACGACUCCAGCGGUGCGAUCGCUGGCGUCCCACAAUUCCCCCUGUCUGCCCUGGUGGCAGCGGCAGGAAACCGCUCCGCAGAGCUGGGCAUGCAGGACAUGUUCUCGGGCGCCGAGCUCCUCUACCGCUUCAAGACGCUCUUCGUGCCGCUGUACGCGGCCGUGGUGCUGGUGGCGGGGGUGGGCAACUCGUUCCUGCUGGCCUGCAUCGUCUCCGACCGCAAGCUCCACAACGCCACCAACUUCUUCAUCGGCAACCUGGCGGCGGGAGACCUGCUGAUGUGUCUCAGCUGCGUGCCCCUGACCGCGUCGUACGCAUUCGACCCGCGCGGCUGGACGUUCGGACGCCCGCUCUGUCACCUGGUGCCGCUCAUACAGGGUGCGACAGUGUUUGCGUCGGUGCUGUCGCUAACGGCGAUCGCCAUGGACCGGUAUGUGGUGGUGGCGUAUCCUGUGCGGAGACGAAUCUCCAUGUGUGGCUGCAGCGCGGUGGCCGCCGGGAUAUGGAUAGUGGCCCUCGCACUGGCAGCCCCGUCAGCACUACAGGUGCGUUUGUUAGACCUGCGUCCCGGGGGCGUGGACUUCCUGGUGUGUGAGGAGUUCUGGGAGGCGGCCCAGCUCCGCCUCCUCUACUCCUGUUUCCUGAUGCUGGCCUCCUACAUGCUCCCCCUGCUGGCGGUCUGCGUGUCCUACUGCGCCAUCAGCCUGCACCUGCGCCGCAACCCGUUACCGGGGGAGACGGGCGGGCCGCAGCAUCAGUACCACCAGCGCUGGAGCCAGCGGCGACGACGCACCUUCUCGCUGCUCGUGGCCUCCGUGCUGGCCUUCGCACUGUGCUGGCUGCCCCUGCAGGUGCUGAAUCUUAUGUUGGAUCUGGACGCUGAUUUCCGCUUCGUGGAUAAACACUACCUGAACGUGUUGCAGGUGAGUUGUCACCUGUUGGCGAUGAGUUCUGCGUGCUACAACCCCUUUAUCUAUGCCUCGCUGCACAGCAAAGUCAGGAUGCACCUGAGAGGAUACCUGUGGCCAUGUGAACCGCCAUCGGGUAAGGAGACCAAGUACCAGCAGCCCCAAGACACCCAGACACAGUUCCAGUCAUACCAACAUCUCCAUGACAACCAGGAACACCAGCCAUACCAACAUCUCCAUGACAACCAGGAACACCAGCCAUACCAACAUCUCCAUGGACACCAGUGUCAGGAGAACCAGGAGCAGCCAUAUCAGCAGCACCGCCAGACCCAUUACUGCCAGCAGUACCAGAACCAACAGCAUGAGACCCAUUACUGCCAGCAGUACCAGAACCAGAACCAUGGACUUAAUGGGGAGCCACAGCCAACCCCAGACAGCCCCUUCUGA